AUGUACGCUGUCAAGCCGUGGGGUCAUGUCGUCCUUGUCGGAAGCUGCGUCGGGACGUAUGCCAUGGGCAUUGGCAUGCGGUGGCGAGAAUCGAAUGUGACGAUCGUCGAACGGCGGCGAAGCCCGUCGUACGAGCGCGCAGAGAUGCGGCGCUGCGUGUUGACGGAUCAAACCGUGAAGCUGCUGACGGAUUUGGGGUGCACCGAGAGAAAACUGCUCUCGGUACUGCGUCCCGCUCGCGGGUGGCGCUUUCUAUCCUCUGACCUCACACCUCUUCGUGAGGGGUCAUCUUUUCCUGGCUGUGCGAUCGGCGAAUCGGCGUACCAGUGUACAGAGGGCGUCUUGCUGCGCACCCUUCGCACAGAGUUUCUGCGGUUUGGCGGCACCAUUGACUGGGAGACCGAGGCGCACAGCGCUGACGCCAACAACGACGGCAGUGACACCUGGUGCUUGCGCAAGGACUACGGUCUCAGCACUAACGUGGAGGCCAUCAUCACCAUGGCAAAGGGCACCCCCUUCGCCGAGAUGCUAGUUGCGCGAGACCCAAACAGAAUGGCAGUGCUCUUUGACGUGGAGCGUGGCGUGUACAGGCUCGAGCGCCGCGACACGAGCGUCUUGUUCGACCAGCAGUCCGAUGUGUCAAUUGUGGUGGGAAAUGGCAUCGCCUUGCACUGCUGGCGCAGCAGUACUGGCGAGUGCGCUUGGCGACUCGUCCGCAGCGCCACAACGCACUCGUCGCUCGAUGCAAGCCUGGAUGACAUGCAUGAGGUGCUGAAAACUAUGAUUCAAAAGUCGCAGCAGCGGAGCCGCUCUGUCUGCGCUCUACCAAGUACCACACCCGCCAUCAAGGACGAGGCUGUGCGCUUUCGUGUCGGGUUGUUAGGCGACGGCCUCCUUCCCAUAGACCCAUUUGAGUGGAGGGGGGACAACGCCCGGUGCAUGAUUGAGGAGGCUUCGGUGGUGUGCCGUCUUUUUUAUGGAAAGAAGUACCACCGUGGCGACGUCGCCUCUCUGCUACGUGGGGCAGAGCAGGACUCCAUCUCGAAGCGGGCUAAUCUCUUGCAGCGCGAUUUGCAGGACGCAGAGCACUUCCUCGCCGUUCAUCCUCUGCUGGAGCGCGAGCCAACAGCGCGGGCGAUGCGCCGCGUCGGCUCCUGA